ACAACAAUGACAACUGACAAUAAAUAACAAAUACAAAUAAACAUAACCUAAAAUUAAAAUUUCUAAAAUUUAAAUUUUAUUGUAGUUUAGAGGUUUAAAGUAAAGUAUUUUUAAAAAUGAGUUUGCCUACUGAUUUUGGGCCUGAUUCUGGAGGUAGAAUGAAAGGUAUAUGCAUAGUGAAACCUAUUGUGUAUGGUAAUAUAGCAAGAUAUUUCGGCAAAAAACGAGAAGAGGACGGUCAUACUCAUCAAUGGACUGUAUACGUAAAACCUUACAAUAAUGAAGAUAUGUCAACUUAUGUUAAAAAAGUUCAAUUUAAAUUACACGAAAGUUAUGCUAACCAAAAUAGAAUUGUUGUUAAGCCGCCUUAUGAACUGAGUGAGACAGGUUGGGGAGAAUUCGAAAUUGUCGUUAAAAUAUAUUUUCAUGAUCCAAAUGAAAGACCAGUAACAAUGUAUCAUAUAUUGAAAUUAUUUCAUUCUGGAAGUACUCAGGAUAUUGGUAUUGAACAAAGUAAAGGCCUAGUGUCUGAAAAUUAUGACGAAAUUAUUUUUCAAGAUCCUACACAGCUUAUGCAUCAUUUAUUGACGAAUACAAAGCAGUUGACAUUAGGAAGGUGGGAGCAUAAUACAAACUUUGAAGAUAAGAAAGAAAAGACAAGAAAAAACAUUUUGGAAGCUAAAGAGAAAAUAAGGACUGAAAUUGCAAAUUUGAAAAACAAAUUGAAACUAGCAAAGGAGACGAUAUCUUCAUUCAAAGAAGAAAUUGCAAAGUCUCAGGAAAAUCAAUUUCUGUUGUAGAUGUAGGUUUUUUAAUGAAUUGUAUGUAUAGAUUUUUUAUUUUUUAAUAAAAAUUAAUUUGGUUUACA